UCAAAUCAAAUUAAAUUUAUUUAUUAGAUUAAAAUAUUUUUCAUUGGGACGUUGAUUUAUAUAACGGUAUUAUGGAAAAUUGAUCUGGAAAAUAACAAAAACAGCUAUGGAAAUCCCGUGCAACAUCGAAAAACCUGUUAAAGUAGCCCCGAAUAUUGCCGUAAAUGCCGUUCUGCAACCGAGCCAAGAUUUACCUGCAGAAACACCGAUAGUCACGGGCUACGACUGGGAAAAUGGAACUGAUUACAAUAAAAUACUCGAAUCUUACGCUAACUCCGGAUUUCAGGCCACGAAUUUCGGUAAAACUGUCGCCGAAAUCAAUAAUAUGCUCAAAAGCCGAGCCGUCCCAUUAACUGAAGAAAACAGCGAUUGUUAUGAAGAAGACCAGUUUAUUAAGAAGAAAACUAACUGUACUAUAUUCCUCGGGUAUACUUCUAACAUGAUAUCCUCGGGAUUGAGAGACACGAUACGUUUUUUAGUUAAAAAUAAGCUUGUGGAUGUGAUUGUGACUACAGCUGGAGGGAUUGAGGAAGACUUGAUAAAAUGCAUUGCUCCGACCUAUGUAGGUGAUUUUAAUUUAAGCGGGAAAGUGUUAAGAACACGAGGUAUAAACAGGAUAGGCAAUUUGUUGGUGCCGAAUGAUAAUUAUUGUUUGUUUGAGGAGUGGGUCACUCCAUUGUUGGACGAGAUGAUCUCUGAACAGAUGAAAGAGGGUACUGUUUGGAGUCCGUCGCGCAUCACAGCUCGGUUAGGGGAGAGAAUUAACAACGAGAGCUCAGUGUGCUAUUGGGCUUGGAGGAACAACAUACCUAUAUUUAGUCCCGCAUUGACUGAUGGAUCCUUAGGUGACAUGAUGUACUUCCACUCGUUUAAGCGUCCUGGACUGAUCAUAGACAUAUUGGGAGACCUACGCAGAUUGAACACCAUGGCCGUCAAAGCCAACAACACUGGAGUCAUAAUAUUAGGUGGGGGUUUGAUCAAACAUCAUAUUUGUAACGCUAAUCUGAUGCGUAAUGGUGCUGAUUAUGCUGUGUAUGUGAACACGGCCAGUGAAUUUGACGGCAGUGAUGCAGGUGCCAGGCCCGACGAAGCAGUGUCGUGGGGCAAAAUCAGACCUAAUGCGAAUCCAGUGAAGCUAUAUGCAGAUGCUACGUUAGUGUUCCCCUUGAUCGUAGCUCAAACAUUUGCUAAACAUCAUUUUAGCAGUAAGAAAAAUGUUUAAACUGCUUUUUUUUUUUAUUUUGUACAUUAAAAACUAAAUGAU